AUGGCAAAACUGCAUAUGUGUCUGGUUCUUAUGAUCGUCCUAGUAUCAAUCACAAAAUGUGCCCAAGCCGAAAAGAAAUGGGCCAGGAAGGUUGUGGGAGAGAAGGAGACAACGAUCAAUCUCCAAUUCUACUUGCAUGACACACUCAGCGGCAAGAACCCAAGUGCUAUAUUGGUUGCUCAAGCCAAGACCACAUACCAAUACCCAACACAAUUUGGGUCUGUCAUGAUGGCGGAUGAUCCGCUUACCAUGACGCCCGAACCGAAUUCGUUGGUGGUGGGUCGGGCCCAUGGGUUGUAUGGAUCAGCCGGGCAGACUGAUUUGGCUCUUAUCAUGGCUUUAAGUUUUCACAUCACAUCCUCUGCCUACGUCGGUAGCACAAUCAACAUACUAGGGAAGAAUAGCCCGGAUUUGAAUGCCAACCGAGAGUUGCCGGUCGUGGGUGGGACCGGAGCUUUCAGGCUAGCCCGUGGAUAUGCAUAUGUGAAAUUACUCUCCAUUGAUCCAAAAACUGGAGAUACUAUUCUGGGGUAUAAUAUUACUAUUGUUCAAUAA